AUGGAGACCUCUCGUCAUCCAACAAAACGGCUUCGCGGAUUACGGCCUAGCACGGCACGACAACUCUACACGGCGACGGUAACUCCAGUAGUGGACUAUGCAUCACCGGUGUGGUCCAUCAACGCAUCGACCAAAACGGUGCGGGCGGCGGAACAAAUUCAGCGCAUAGCAGCAAUCUCCAUCAUUGCCGGCUUUCGAACCAUUGCGUUCCCAAUCGCAGAAGCCGAGGCAUCGCUGAAAUCAGUGGUAGAUCGAUGGACGGACCAACUACGGCGGUUCUGGGUGGACCUACAUACCCUCCCGUCGUCACAUCCAUUCUGGAAGAUCAAAGUCAGCCGCGCUUCGUAUCGCCACUACGACGAAUAG